UGAGGUGAACUUUGAUGUUCAAAACAUCGAAGCACUCAAUGUAUCACCAAACAAUACACAGCCAAUGGCGGACAGAGACAACAAGGAAGAUAACAUGUCAAUCGCGUUCUCUACCGGACUAUGCAUUGCAGAGAUAAAUUUUGACAUUGAAAACACAGAAAAGGUAUCUGAUUCAUCAGACUACCUAGAGCCAAUUGAAUUAGAUUCUGGAACACACACACUGCAAGACGAGAAAACCGACAUUGAAACAUACGAAACAUUGCAAAAUGUCACCGACACCAUGGUUAACAUUCCCAACAUUGAGACCGCCAAUGAAUAUUCCAUUCAAGGUGAAGAUGCUGGUUUCAAUAUUUGUUUGGCAGAUCUGAACAACUUCCAAGAUAUUUUGUCAGAAGUUGAAUAUAUGGAAGAAUCUAUAUUAGACAUCGGGUAUUCCUCAAGCAAAGAAUACGAACGAUUGAGGACGUCUACAGAGAUCGUCAUGAAUGCACCGGAGGAAAAGCACAGGGAAGAAACAACAGUCAUGUCUGCUGAUACAGGACUCAAUGUUUGUUUUGCAGAACUGCAAAAUUUUGAACAACUGCUCUUAGAAUCUGAGACAGUGGAAGAGACAGCAUCGGACAAAUCACAUGAAAGUCAUUAUGACACAAUUAAGAUCGACGUCGACGUCAACCAUAGCGAUGAUUCUGACACCAUUUCUGAGUGAUCACAGAGAUGACAUCCUAAUGGCCGGGUAUAAAGAGAACCAUCUAGCGAAUUUUAUGAAGAUAUCCAUCAAAAGACAUGGUAUGCAGA